UGUGCCUGGGCGCUGCGAUGCUGUUGCUGUAGGUUUGAUUGACAGGAAACAUGUCGGUGUGGUGGGAACGAACCGGGAUGCAGCUGCUGCCAAGGGAGACAGGGAGUACCUGCAUCCAGUCCACGCAUCAACACCUUUAAAUCAGCAACCAGGCUUUUCCUCCCGAUCCGUCUGCUUAGGAUGCGCUGAGCAGCAUCAUCUGAAUUCUUUUUUUUUCUUCUUACAUCCCUUUGAAAGGAAGGGGGCACCCAAUGGAUGCUGCGUCCAACCGUGUACUCCGUCUGGAUGUCUUUACAUCGUGCUUGAUCUAGCCUCCAUCCAGAGACACCUUGAUGAUCCAGCAGGAAACUACGAGGACUGUUGUUACAAUGGAGUCGACUCUCUCACGGCUCAAAUAAAACCUACAACAUCUCGUUUCAUGGCGUUCUGCAGGCUGCUCUGCUCCGUGGGCUCCUCCACAUUUCUUUUUUGAAUUACUAUUCUUGCUCCUCUUAUUUUUAUUUAGUUAUUUAUUUCAUAAGUGCAAAAGGGAAAAAUAACAUCCACCGGUCGCUAAACUAUGAACGAGGAGAUGACAAAAAGCGAGGAGCAGCAUCUGAGUUUGCAGAAAGCCUUGCAGCAGUGCGAGUUGGUGCAAAACAUGAUAGACAUAAGCAUUUCCAGUUUGGAGGGUUUACGGACCAAAUGUGCCACAUCCAACGACUUGACACAAAAAGAGAUCCGAACGCUGGAGGGGAAGUUGGUGAAGUACUUCAGCCGCCAGCUGUCAUGUAAGUGCAAAGUGGCCUUAGAGGAGCGCAGUGCAGAGCUAGAAGACUUCCCUCGCCUCGACCAUUGGUUUCGCAUUGUUAACUUAAGAAAAGAGGUCGCAGAGGAAAUGAAUGCAGGUGAGGUGACUCUAGAAGGCCUGCUGGAGAUGAGUGUGGAGCAGGUGUGUGAGCUGUUGCAGAAGUUUGGUGCCAACGAAGAAGAAUGUGCCCGACUUAACGCGUCCCUCUCCUGCCUCCGAAAGGCCCAUCAACUUGAACAACUUGAGGAGGAUAAAUUGCACAGUAACGGAGGGAGUCAGGCAAAACAGGACUGGUCCAUCCAGUGGCCCACUUCUGAAUCUGGAAAGGAAAACACUCCAGUGUGCCAGCCAGAGGCCAGUCAGUGGAUUCGUUUCCAGCUCUCCCAAAGCCCCAAAGUUCAGUCCAAGUACAACCAGCACAUAUGCCACAGUCCACAAGCCCUGGCGCCCCCUUUCUACGCUGAUCGACUUACUGUUGACAACCCAGCCGCAGGACUCUUCGCUUCCUUGGACUCUGGUCACCGUUCCCUGCCACCGUCACCUCGCCAAAGGCAUUUUGGCCACACACCACCUCGGACUCCUUUGGUGGUCAACACCAUGACUCCGCCAGGCACUCCUCCUAUGAGACGAAGGAACAAAGUAAAGGCUCCUGGAACACCACCACCGCCAAGCCGCAAACUCAUCUAUCUGCUGCCUGGCUUCACCGCGCUGCAUCGCAGCAAAUCCCAUGAGUUCCAGCUGGGGAACCGCUUGGAGGAUUUACAGACACCAAAAGCCAAGAAGAAGACAAAGCCCUUGAACCUUAAGAUUCACAGCAGUGUGGGGAGCUGUGAGAAUCUGCCCACGCAGCGGUCACCGCUCCACACCGAACGAUCUUUGCGAUCCUUCUUCUUUCCCUCUUUUAUCCCUUCCACACCUCCCGUUCAUUCUGAAACACCCUCUGCAAACACUCUUUCAGUGCCUCGCUGGUCCCCGCAGAUUCCCCGAAGAGAUUUGGGAAACUCUAUAAAACACCGGUUUUCCACCAAGUACUGGAUGUCCCAGACAUGCAUAGUAUGUGGAAAGGGAAUGUUGUUUGGACUAAAAUGUAAAAAUUGCAAGCUUAAGUGCCACAACAAAUGCACCAAAGAAGCCCCACCUUGCCAUUUAUUGAUUAUACAGCGAGGUGGACGAGAAUCCCUCAAAGAUCAACAAGGAACAAUUCAAGUUGCUCGUCUGGUACGGACUGAAUCAGUGCCAUGUGACAUCAACAACCCGCUCAGGUACACAGACCUGCAUAUCAGUCAGACGCUCCCCAAAACCAACAAAAUCAACAAGGAUCACAUCCCAGUCCCUUACCAACCAGACUCCAGCAGUAACCCAUCUUCCACCACUUCCUCCACUCCAUCAUCCCCAGCUCCUCCUUUGCCAAGCAGUGCAACUCCCCCGUCACCACUGCAUCCUUCCCCACAGUCAGCACGGCAACAAAAACAGUUCAACUUGACAGCCUCCAGCUAUUUCAAAUACAAGCAGCAAUUCAUCUUCCCUGAUGUCACUCCAGAGGCACCUCCCAGUAGAGCACCGCAAGUUAUUUUGCACCCAGUCCUCUCUGAACAAGGGAAUGAGGGCAACCCCUUGCUUCAAAUCGAAGUCGAACCUACAUCAGAUAAUGAAGAUGGCCACAAUGAGGACUCCGGCGAUGAGUUUGAGGAGAUGAAUUUUUCCCUUUUGUCUGCUCGCAACUUCCCACGCAAAGCCAGCCAGACAAGCAUCUUCCUACAGGAGUGGGACAUCCCCUUUGAGCAGCUGGAGAUUGGAGAGAUGAUUGGCAAAGGACGGUUUGGUAAGGUGUUCCAUGGGCGGUGGCACGGAGAGGUCGCCAUCCGAUUGAUCGACAUUGAGCGGGACAACGAAGACCAGUUAAAGGCAUUUAAACGUGAAGUGAUGGCGUACCGCAACACUCGUCAUGAGAAUGUGGUGCUGUUUAUGGGGGUGUGCAUGAGCCCGCCGCACCUGGCCAUCAUCACCAGCUUGUGUAAAGGCAGGACACUUUACUCUGUGGUGAGGGAUGCCAAGGUUGUCCUGGAUGUUAACAAGACACGGCAGAUUGCACAAGAGAUGGUCAAGGGGAUGGGAUACCUUCAUGCCAAGGGGAUUUUACACAAAGACAUGAAGUCCAAGAAUGUGUUUUAUGAUAACGGCAAAGUCAUUAUCACUGACUUUGGACUUUUUACCAUAUCUGGAGUCCUGCAGGCUGGCAGCCGGAGAGAAGACAAACUGAGAAUCCCCAACGGCUGGCUGUGUCACCUGGCCCCAGAAAUCAUCCAGCAGCUUUCUCCAGACACUGAGGAGGACAAGCUUCCUUUCUCCAAACAGUCAGACGUCUUUGCUUUCGGCACCAUCUGGUAUGAAUUACAUGCACGUGAGUGGCCUUACAAGAGUCAGCCAGCGGAGGUGAUCAUAUGGCAGAUUGGAACUGGUAUGAAACCCAACCUUGCCCAAACUGGGAUGGGGAAGGAGAUACUGGACAUUUUGCUAAUGUGCUGGGCGUACAAGCCGGAGGAGCGGCCCAGUUUCUCCAAGUUGGUAGAUUUACUGGAAAAGUUGCCAAAAAGGAACCGCCGCCUUUCCCAUCCAGGGCACUUCUGGAAGUCAGCUGAGUAUGUCAAAUGAGUUAAGGCCAUAAAACAACAGUCCACUUCUUUUAAAAAGCAGCUGCCAUAACUCCACAUUAAUAACCCAACUCCUUAAGGAAAGCACUGAAUCUAAAAUCUAACCCAGUGAUGACAACUGCCCAUGUUGUGUGUAUUUCUAUGGAAUGUUGGCAUUUGUGUGUACAUAUGAGUUGACUGUCCACUUCCUCAAAGCAGUCAGGGGUCAUAUUUUCUUUAAUUUGAUGUUAAACACACUGUAUAUUUCUCCUUAUUUUUCAGUCUUUUAUGAGUGACUCGUUUGCUUCAUUAUUUUUAAUUUGUUUCUUGGAUGUAUCUUGCUUGUAACUUGCAACAGAUCACAUCAUCCUGAAAAACAUGUUUAAGAACAAAUGUAUAUAUUAUUUUCAUGUCUUGCUUUUUUUGUUUUGAAUGAAUGUAGCUGCUGUACAUCACAUACUGUGCAUAUUCAUAACAUUAUGUUAUCAUUUUUGUAGACAUACUUUGUCAUAGUUAUCUCAUGAGUUUUCAUGUAUGAAUGUCCUCUUCAUGUGUUUGUUGGCCUUAAAUGUCCGUUUAUUUCCACCGUAACAUUUGAAUGUGACGACGGCCAUGCCCCUGUUUGUUUGAUAAUGUGUUGGGCCAGUUCUUUGAUGAGAGACUGUUCUCUGAUUAGUCUGAGCUUUGAAUAGUAUCUCUGAACACAGAGAUGUUUGAACAGGUGAAGGCUUUGAGCAGUCGGACCCGGAUUCCCUCCCUCAAUGCUUUUCUGUGAAGUUUUUGACACUUGAAAUGUAUCUAAACUGUUGCUAAAACUAAAUAUCAAAUAUGCUGUCACUGAGCCCUUUUUACCAAGAACUAUUUCACUUGAAAUAAAGUAGAUAAAUAUAGUUGCAUAUUAUAUUACACAAAGUUAAAAAGCUUGCUACUAUGUAGUCAGUUCAAUUAUUUCAAUAAAUAUUUUCCUCCUAAUAUGUGAACUUUCUAAACUUAGAACAGAAAAGUUUGUAAAAUUAAAGGAUUCCUAAUCUGAAAUGAACCUAAAAGGGUCCCUAUCUCAUAAACGAUGGGAAUUCAUUAAGAACAAAAUCACAAAACUGCAAAAUAUUGAGUGUUAUAUGUUAAAAUAAAUUACAAAGGUUUCUUUUUAGCAAAAGUGAAGUUAGAGAUUAAUAAAAGCAGUGUUGUAGUCACUGAAAAAAAACCUUUACUUUCAUUAUACCUCUUAUUCAGUAAUGUUAAAAUAUGAGUUACAUAUGCUCCUUCAUGUUGCAAUUUUAAAAUCUUUAAAAAGAUUUUAUCAUGUAAAUGACAUGAGAUAAAACUGAAUGUGUCACAGCACAGAAUAACUACAGUAAACAUGGAUUUUAUUGCUGAUAUCUACAGUUUUAUGAACAGACAGGCCAAUGCCAGUUUUGAAACCAUGACAACUUUUAACCAACUGAUUUGUUUUCUAAGAGAUAUUUAUUCUUUUUUCCAUAUGUCAUUGUAAAAAAAAUAUUUACAUCCAAGUGUUUUUCCAGCUACAAAGGGGGAAAAUACAAAAAAACAAGAUAUUACAAAUUCUCUUUGUUUUACAUUUUGAAUAUGGAUUUUGCCAGUCAAUUAGAUUUUCACUAAUAUGUUCAUUUUAAUUUUUUGUAUUAGACAUGACAUCCUUUUUAUUCACAUCUAAUGAGUUGUUUAUGACUACAACACUGCUAAAGGUUACCAUAGAGCACAAAGCUAUCCUAAAUGUGCAAUAUUACCUUAAUUUCUUUUUUUUUAUAUAAAUAUUGUAUUUACAGAUAGGUGUCCUUGUUAUAUUGUAAAGUAACAAGAAACUUAAAUCUGGCACAACUUUCCCUUUAACAUAUCAGAAGAGACAUAUCUCUCUUAUAAACCUAACCCAUGGCCAUUUUACUAACUUCAUGCUGUAUAUUAAAGUAUAUUUUAAGUGUAUGUCUUAUAGAUAGAGCAAACCUGAGUCAUUUUAUCACGAAUCAUCACGGGAUGGUGGAUCACAUAAGCUGUAAACUGCUUUUAUUCUCUCCAACAACAUCAAAUAGGCAGAGACAAUCUCAUUGUGAAAUAGUCAUUUUCCAUCUCAUUAUAUACACGUCUGCCAGUGCAUAUAAACAAUGUGCUGCAUUUUUUCUUAUUAUUCUUUUUUUGGAAGUCCGCUUGUCUCUGCAAAUAUGGUUAGUGAAUCAUUUAAAUUUGAACUGUUUACAACUUUCAAAUGCAUGAGAAGGACUAUUGGAGAUUGAUUCUAAAAAAAUAUCCUUCGUAACUAUAUAUAAAUAUAUACAUAAAAGGUAUGUCAACAAUUUUCUGAUGCUGUUUGUUCAUUAAGCAUUGCCAUCUCUAAUUUGACAUCAGGCUUUGCUAAACUUUUUAACAUCUUGCUUUAUGAGAACGAUUGUUUUGAUAUAUUUAUAGGUGAACUAAAAGGUCAGGCUACCAUUUUAAAGGAGAAUUACAACCUGUACAGAUGAAAAAGUGGCAACGUGACAGGACAUCUGAAAUAUAACAUUUGUGCCAAGUGUACAUAACAGAUUGUAGAAUAUGUUUUAUCAUCAUUUGCGGAAAUAUUUAUAUUCCUUGUGGAAUUUGUGAGCUUUUUUCUUUUGAAUGUAAAAAUUGUGUUCUUCUUUUGUUCCCUUUAGUUUUUUUUUUUUAGUUUUUUUCAGCGUUUUAUUUCUGAUUGCAUAGAUUCUGUGUUGUUACUUUUCCUUGAUUUUGUCCUUGUGUUAUAGAUUAUGGCUACCAAAAAGCUUGUAUUUACUGGUACCUGAUGGUCCAUGGCUUAGUGAUGAGUAGAUUUUGGUCAUGAGCUCUUUUAUUUGCACCCAUCCUUUAAAAGUGUAUGAGAAUAAAAUCUACUUUCAUUUUG